AUGGCGGACUACGAGGCCAGGAACGAGUCUGUCGAGUCUGAAGACAAGAAGGAGAAGGAAAAACGCACGAGUCGGGCUUGUCUCACGUGUCGGAAGCGCAAGUCGGCCUGUCAGCUACCAACGGUCGACGGCGUAGUUACCACCCCUUGCGCGCGAUGCAAGUCCACCGGCCAGCACUGUGUCAUCGGCGGCAGCAACCGUGGCGGCCGUCGCGUGCGCCGCAAGACGAAUGACCAGCACACCUCGCAGCUUGGCGACGACACCAGCUACCUCGAUGGCAGUCUGAGCGGCAUACCAGAGUCGCCGGCCCAGAACAAUGGACGGGAUGGCUUCUCGAGCAUGUCGGCGCACAGCAUGCCAGCGCCGAAUGCGAUGAUGAUUGAUCCGGCGCUGCAGCCUAAUGGCGAUGCCUCGGCGGGAGCAGACCCGUACGGUACGAGGGAGUCUUCGGCCGGUGCUGGAUUUGCGUUCAAUGACCUGCAGAAUCCAUCCGAUGCUCUGGGGAUUCUGGCGCAGAUUGCUAGUAAUGGCGAGAACGCUUCGACGUCUACUGUCAUGCCGAGCGGGAUGAUGGGGUAUCCGCAGCAGCAUGAACUGGACUAUGCUCUGGUGAGGAGUGGUAAGCUGUCGCGGUACAAGAUCACGGAGCUGCUUCAGAGGUACAGGCAGUUCUACCAUCCGUACUUCCCGCUGGUGCCGGCUGCUUCGCUAGACGCGGCGAAUUUGGCGCACACGGCACGCCAGGAGCCGCAUUUGCUUACUGCGAUUCUGGUAAUCGCUUCGCGGGAUCUUAUCGAUGAGCCGGCGACGUUUAGUGCGUGCGCAGAGCACAUGAAGUCGUUGGUGUCUGCUUUGGCGGCUGGUGGACCUGGGAACGUUGAGACGGUGGAGGCGCUGCUGCUGCUUGCCGAGUGGACGCCGUAUACUGCCAGAUCAGACGCUGGGCAUGUUGGCCGUGGUGAAGAGGAUCGCGAGGCAUGGAUGCAUGUUGGUACUGCUCUACGCAUUGGGUACUAUCUUGGGCUCGACCGCUACUCAUUUGCUGUCAGAGGUGACGACGUCAAGGAUCCCCAGUGGCAGCGCAAGAGGCUGGUCUGGACAGCUUGCUACAUCAGCGAUCGCCAGAUCAGCAUUCGACUUGGACGGGCAUUCUGGUCUCGCGGCCCGGGACCGCUCACUACAUUGCGGAAGGAGGACUUCCCGAUGCUGGCGCCCAAAGAACCAGGAGAUGAAGACUUUGCGGGCAUCUUCCAAGCGACUCUCGAGCUUACACUUCUGUUCUCGAAUGUGCACGAUGUGCUCUACUCCAAUCCUGGCAACAGCAUGCGCAGCCAUCUGAGCGGAGGCUACAUCAAGUACAUCGACGACUUCAGGUCUGCGAUCUACGGCUGGAAGAGUGUCUGGGGUACUCUGACCUGCUCUGCAAAUCUCAAAGCUACGCUGUUGAUGAGCUACGACUACUUGCGGCUGUACACCAAUGCAUUUGCUUUCCAUGCAACUGUGAAGCGAGCUCUGCCUCUGACGCAAGGUGGACAGGGACAAGGCAACCGACAGAACAGCCACCCAGCCCCAGGCCGUGUCUUCUACAACAACGUCGGCGCCGUCGGAGAUGCCCGCUUCAUCUACGAGGGACUCGACGCCGCGAAGAGCUUGCUGAGCAUGUUCAACACCUUCGUCGACCCAGAGAAGUCCUUACGCUUCAUGCCCCUCCGCUUCUACCUGUACUCCGUCUACUCCGGCGUCUUCCUGUACCGCGCACGAUGCGUCGGCGUCCUUGCAACAGACGAAGAACAGAGCGUGAGAAGCAUGGUGCAAGAAACGGUCAAUAGGCUCGAACGAUCCGGCAUCGGCUCUCACCACCCUGGCAGUCGAUACUCUCAGCUACUUCGUCUGCUGUGGGACAAGGUCGAGCGCAAAGAUCGCAAAGGUCCGACGAAUUCUACUGCUACGUUGACGAACCCGUACAGGCCUGGGAGCAGCAGCACUGGUGGACCCACUCCGGUGUCUGAUCCUAUGCUGACGCAGGACUCGCCGGCUGUGACGGAGAUGAUGGGAGACUUUUCAUGGACGGAUCUGGAUGCGAUAGGGAAUUUCGCUGUUAAUGGGAAUGGAGGAGCGAUGGGGGAUCUGGAUUUCUGGUCUGGGUUCUUGCCAGCGGACUCGAACAACUUCAUGUUCGACAAUGUCGCGGAUAUGGAUGUGUGGAACGUUGGAUUGUAA